GACGCGGGCGUGCUAGGGUUGAGCGGCUACACGAGCGUGCUAGGGUUGAGCGGGGCUCCGCGGGCGUGCUAAGGUUUCGCGAGCAUGGCGGUGGCCGGCGAGCAGGUGAGGGCUCCCGCCUCUAAUUCCCUCCCGAGCUCCUCGAGCGGCCAAGCGUCUGUGUGUGGCCGUGUGGGCGAACCACAUGCGCCAGCCACCGUGCGCCCUGGGUGAGCACGUGAGGCCAGAGGAGAAGCGCAUGUACAAGCAGCUGCGCCAGUUUAGCGCGAGACUGCAGGGUAGUAGGCAAGCCGCGAGCGUGUGACUGCAGCUGCUAGCCAAGUGAGCGUGCCACUACAGGACAGCAAACAACGACGACAGCAAGCAAAUGAUCCGUUCAGCAUGUGCUCCCUAUUCGAAGUCCCCUGGGAUCAUGUCCAGACUCACACUGGGCUCGUUGCUCGGCCUUGUUGAGCUAGAGAUCCUCCAACACAGCGGCACCGACACCAAGGCUCAGGCUACUGUCGGCCUUCCAGUUGUUCAAAAGCAACACCAGCUUCAUGUCACCCUAUUGUUGUGUAAUGUUGCUGCCAUGGAGGCACUUCCUAUAUUUUUGAUAGAAUGUUUCAUCAUGUUCUUUUUGUAUUAUUGUCAGCGACAUUUGUUCUUGCCUUUGGAGAGGGAUCAUGUCUAGGCUCACAACGGGGCUCAUGUUGCUCGGCCUCGUCGAGCUGGAGAUCCUCAAAUGUAGCAGCAAAAGCAUCUCAGGAGACCAUUAAUAGUAUGAAGAGAUCGAUCGAAGAAAAUAACCUCCUUCAUCAACUAUUAAGCUUCAAUCGAGGCCAAGUGCCUCCAUCUUAAGUCUAACUAACCACUAUAGGGCCUACAACCUUAUAGCUGUUAUAGUAGCUUGUUACAGUAGCUCUAGAUUUGAAGUUAUAUGAUUAUUUCAAUUAUGCUUAAUGUAUAAUACUUUGAGUUGAAGUUAUAGGAUUUGAUUUGGAUUUUAAGUUAAAGAAUUUGCAGAUAUAUGUUUUGAAGUUAUAUAAUUCUCUCAUGGAUGAAA